CCAAUCAAUGCAGAGUUAUGGCGGACGCCGCCAAGAUCGUUUUGUUGGGGAAAUGAGUGAAGUUUAUCGAAGUCAGAAUAAGCGAUCAAAACAUAACAUAUUCGAUCAGGUUCCCGAAAUGGGAACCGUUUGAUCUUUGGACGUGAUUGGUGUGACCAAUGGGUCCAGAUGGCAGCCUGACUACGAUAUGUAUGCCAACAGAUCAAAGAAAAGCCUGAUCAAGUGGUGAUCGGUCGCCAUUUUGUUAGUGAAAUUUAAACAAGAUACCCUGUCAAUUAGGACAGUUUUCGAGUUAAUGAGAUAUUAUUGUUGAUCGUUGUGUAGUGCACAAGGAGGAGGGGUAAUCGCUUGUCAAGCAAGUGACUUCGAUCGCCAGGAGAUGUCUGCUAGUUCGAAUACGACGCUCGCCAGCCUCUGGGUUGAUGACGGUCAAGCCAGUCCAGUGAAACUUACUGCAGUCACUCCAACCAAGUCAGGGAACCUGGAGCUCAAAGAUGAUCUUACAAAAUUCUACAAGGAUACAGGCUUGGAAAGCUAUGCUAAAGAGACUGGUAUCAUUGAUUCUCAUGGUGAACUGCGAGGAUUUAAAGACCAUAAAACCCCGAUACUUGUUGCGGUGCCCAUCGCCUCUCCAGCUAAGAUGUCACCUUACAAAGUAGAGCCACAGUUGCUUCCUAAAGCCAUCAAUGCACAAGGGUCUCCACAUAUGAUUGCGUCCAGUCCUCGACAUAUGAUGCAGGUUGAUCCUUCCUCACCCUGGUCAGCCAAGAAGCGAGGAGCAGGGGAGAUAACUAUAGAAGCUGAUUAUGGGGACAAUAAACGGGGGAAGAAAGGAGAAAAGGGCGGCAAAGGUUUGCGGCAUUUCUCCAUGAAAGUCUGUGAGAAGGUGCAGAAGAAAGGAGUGACAUCCUACAAUGAGGUGGCCGACGAGCUGGUGGCGGAGUUCACAGACCCACGCAACAUGUCACUCCCCCCUUCUGACCAAGUUAAUGCAUAUGAUCAGAAGAAUAUCCGGCGGCGAGUCUACGACGCUCUCAAUGUCUUAAUGGCAAUGAAUAUUAUUUCUAAAGAGAAGAAAGAAAUCCGGUGGAUAGGCUUGCCCACCAACUCAGCUCAGGAAUGCCAGAAUUUAGAGAUGGAAAAACAACGAAGGUUAGAACGGAUAAAGCAUAAAACACAACAGUUGCAAGAACUUAUUUUACAACAAAUAGCAUUUAAAAAUUUGGUGCAAAGAAAUCGGGAGUUGGAGAAGACGCAAGGCCCCCCUGGGUCUAAUUCUGCAAUCCAGCUGCCGUUUAUCAUCGUGAAUACAAGUAAAAAGACAGUCAUUGAUUGCAGCAUAUCAAAUGACAAAUAUGAAUACCUGUUUAAAUUUGAUAACACAUUUGAAAUUCACGAUGACAUCGAGGUUCUAAAAAGAAUGGGAAUGGCAUUUAACCUGGAGAAAGGCCAGUGUACAUCUCAAGACAUAGUGAAAGCUGCUCGCAUGGUUCCCAAGGCUCUGGAACCCUAUGUUAUAGAAAUGGCUCAGAAUGCUCGUGCCCUGCCUUCCAGUUCUGCUGCAAUCCGCCCAAUAGACCCCAUGGCAGUCAGCCAACAACAGGCCAGGUAUCGUCAGGCAACAGCAGCUCAGUCCUACCUCAGUGCAGGCGACACCGAAGCGGAAGUAGCCGCCAUGACUGCCGCCGCUCUAUCUCGACAGUCCAGUCUCGGUUCAUCCGACGUGCAUUCUCGGACAGCCACCGAAACACCGUCGGAAAACUUCUCCGACGAAGAAAGUGACAGUGAUCGGUCCAGCCCAGUUGAUAUGGGUUAAGGCAAACCAAGUGAAUUGUGUGGAAGAGAUGAGCAAUAAAUGUGCAGCUGGCAGUUGUAUUGUUGCCAUGGUGACAGAGACACACGUGUGCUAUGAUUGCGUCUCAUCGACCCUUGACAAAAGGGUCGUUCUUCAGCAGCAAAUGGCGAAAUCUAGAAAACAAUUAAUGCUAUGGUAGCUAAACGUCACUCCAAACAAUUUGACCAGACACAAUGGAGAAGUGACAAGUCAUCUCCAUGUGAAUACUGUCUUGUCAUUGAGACUUUCUCAGGUCGUGCUUCUGGAACUUGCUUAAUGAAGAGGUCAAGAUUAAUUUAGUUAGUCAUUUGCAAAUUUUGACACCCAUACAUGAUUGGUUAAUUUAUACUGAUUUUGCUGAAAAUCUAAAUUUUUAAGUCAUUUUGGUUUGUGGCCAAGUAUAUAAAUAUUUGAUUUGAAAUUAAUAUAACUUAUCUUAUUCUUAAGUAUUUUAGUUAUGGAGGCAAUUUUUUAUCAGACUUACUAAUUUGGUAGCUUCCAUACCUCAAGUGUUCAGUGGACUAUCUUUCAUUAUGUCAGUGGAAGAGUCAAUUGUAGUCAUUAGGGGUGAUAGAUUUGCAGCUUUGUUUGACAUAGGACAGUGUGCAGUAGUUUCACUGUGGAGUGUUUUUAUCUAAAAUGUGAUAGUGAUGGUCUACACUCUAUAGUGUUUUAGAAACACUUGGUUAGUGUUAUAACUAUCUGAUUUUCUACCAGUAGAUUUUUUUUGUCUAAAUGUUAUUUAUGGUAGUAUAAGUUGUUAAAUUAAUGAAGUUUGUCUGCAGAAACUAAUAUUCUGUUGCUGGUUAUUUUCCAGUUGUCAUGGAAACUGGUUGAAAUUAUUUGUUUCCGCCAAACUGAUCGUGUUGUUAAUCAUGGGUACUUUUUUUCCUUCAUCAUGACAAAUGUCAGUAUUUUCCAUGUUUAAUAGGCAUAACAUUGGACUAAACAAUUGUUUGAAAUUUAACAUAUUCAUAUUUUAACUAUGGCUCAACUGGUAUGGUUGAAAAUUGCAACCAAUAUUUGUCUAUUUGGAGUUUAAAAUGUAGGACAAUUUUUACAAAUGUUACUUUGAAAUAUAAUUAUUGAUAAGAUCCAGCUUAGUGUCUGCACAUUAGGACCCCCCCUCUCUGACAAUUUGAAAAACUUGGCUCAUGCUAACAAGUGUGACAUUCUGUAUAACAAUGAUAAGAUGUGACUUAAGGCAAACCAACAUUACAGUGUUGUACAUAUUUGUAUAUUUGACACAGUACAAAUUUCCUAUAUAUUUUUACAAGAACAUUUCACAAGUUACCCUGGUUACUACAAGUACCUCAACAGCGUGAUUCCAAACACUAUAUCCUUAGAGGUGCUAUUGUUAAAGCUUUGUGGCUUUAAAUACAUGGAAAACAAACUGACUCAUCUAUGCACUGAUAACUUGUGUAGGCUCUAACUAUUCUAAGUGGCUGUAUGGUGGCCUAGAGGUCACAUCAUCUGACCAUUAUGCAGGAAAACCAUGUUCGAUUCCAUUUGUAUAAAAUAGUAUCCCUGCUCUCAGAGAUCUGGAAGGUCGGAGUAGACUCUGAGAAUCUUCUUGUCAUGUCUUGAAGACAAUCUGAAUUUUAUGGUAAUUGCCUUUUAUGACAUACCACUCAAUUUAACUCAUACACUUGAGUAUUAAUGAAACGGGCAUAGACGAAUGAAUGCAAAUGGCUGCUAUAACCUACACCGUUGGAGAUAACAUCUCUCAGGCCUCAAAGUUACGACUAAAACGGUCGCCAAUUCAACCUAAAUUUCAAUUUGUCUACUGUCCAAAAUCUAAUGACUACCUUGAAAAUAUCUUGUGGCAACUAAAUUCUAUUGCUUCACAUUUGAAGACACAAAAAUAUAUAACAGCUAAAUGUGGAAAACAUGUCGGCUAAUAAUUGUACUUGCGUAUAAGUCCUGCUAAAAUCGACAAUGAACAGAAAUACAUAAAUAUUAAUGUAAUUAGUAUCUUAUUCAGUUGACAUUGCUCAUUGCAUAAGCACAGAUAUACCUAUAUAAUCUUGUAACAUAAAUUGCAUCAUUGUUGGAGUCCCAAGUUACAAAAAUCAAGUACAGUUUCCACUAAUAUACAAUUCCAAGACUAAUGCUAUAACUGGUACAUAUUAUAAUAGUUAUUUGAUAAAAGAUAAUUUUAUAUGCUUUUGGCUACCUACAAUAUUGGCUCAACUUCUUGAUUUUACCACUGGCUACUCGGAAAAAUGCUUGUAGCCAUAUGGCUACUUGGGAAAUUUUUUAACUUUGAGGCCUGUCUCAUUAAAACCAGGCCAUGCUCCCAGGCAGAGAAAACAAAGUGAUUACCUUAUAGAUUUGAACACUUGAGAAUAGGUCAGUGCCAUGUUGCUGGUAAGGGAUAACUUAAAUUAGGAUAGGUUGUCACAGUGCAUCUCUUUACUGAUCAUCUGUUCCAUGCAGUGUUUGAAAUAAUAUUAAAACCGAACAAGACAGUCGGGCAGGUGACUCAUAAAUGUUUCCUGCCCAUCUUCAAAGUUACCUGGGAGAGGUCGUGUAGCCUGGUGGUUAAAGCCUUCGCUCGUCACGCCGAAGACUGCGGUUCAAUUCCCAACAUGGGUACAAUGUGUGAAGCCCAUUUCUGGUGUCCCCCGCCGUGAUAUUGCUGGAAUUUUGCUAAAAGCGGCGUAAGACCAUACUCGCUUGCUCACUCAAAGUUACCUGCCCGCAUUCAGGUAAAACAUUGCGAAAAAUAAAGAGACAGAUCGCGUCUUGAUUCAGGUGAGAUAAUGCUAACAAUUACUUGAGAAUCUACGAGGAGUUAUAUAAAACUGAAGAUGUAAGUAGGUUUAAAUUUAUCUGCCAGACAUUCGGGCAGGUCGAGGAAAAUUUCAUGAAGCCCGACAGAAAAGUUAACAGCCACGACAUGAUUCCAUUUCGGACAUGGUUCCAUGCAAUCUAAUCAUGCCUGUCCCAGACUCAACAAAUAUUGCAGACACUGUUUUAAGGCAACAUUAUUAUAUUUUCCAAGUUUUAAAUGUUUCAGUGUGGCCCAGGAUGUGAAAGUGGCAGAAGCCCUCACACUUGGAAUAUUUGAUUAGUCUGGCUAUCAGGCAGGUCUUGGCUAAAUCCAGAACUGUAGCCAGACCCCCGAGUCAUGCAGACCAACUGCUGAAAUCCACUCAGCUUCAAUGAAUUAUGUGAAAUUUCAAACAAAUGUUUUUUUGCAUCUCAAAUGAAUGACACAUGUUUCUCACUAAUUAGUUAUGCAGUUUUGAUUGUUAUGAUGUUUCAUCAUAUGAUAAUGAUGAUUAUGUGUAUUUUACUCAACAUGUGAAGUGAAUGGGCUUUAUCAUUAAGCUGCCCCCCCAAACUUGGAAAAAACUUUGUACUGGGGCAACAUGUUUGUUUAAACUGGUCACUAAAUCAAAGACAAAAGAUGCAAUUUGGAAAGCAUUUAUGACUUGUACAGUUUUCCUUCAGCUCAAAAGGGGUAAGCUCACAUUGAGGACUUCUUACAGCAUUUAUAAGGAGUACAAGGACACAUUACUAUUAAUAAUUGUAUUAGCUGUUUAUUUCAGAAGAAAUAUUUCAACCAAAAUGAUUAUAUUUGGACUCCCUUCUUUAGCCUGCAACAUUUGUGUUUUUUGUACAAAAGAAUAUUUUUCCCUUUUCAUUUCAACAUCAUGCUGAGCCAAGCUGAAAAGAAAUUAACAUUUAUCAAUGCGAAAUUUAAUCAUGUUUUAAGAGGUUGAUAUGUAAAUCCUCCGUUAAAUUUCUUGAUGUUGAAUAUAUUUAACAGUGAAUAUAUGUUACUGUCUUGCAGGAAUCAAGGCUAAAUUAGGAGAAUAUUUUAAUUCAGUUAUGUUCAUAUUUCUACUUAAAUCACUGACUCAGUUUCAUAUCCAGCUCAACAGGGGAUACUGCCAUGGGAAGGCCUGAAUGUGUUCAGAGAUAUAGAGUACCUUCUUCCUUUCAACUGAUUGAAUCAUUCUUGCAUCAUGAUACAUUAAAUUUGAUCUAUUUUACAAUUCUCUGAAUGCUGACAAUUUCUAUAUUCAUAAUGCUUCAUAUAAUUCUUUAGUCAGGCGUUUUGUGAUUCAGUUAUCAAAAAAAUGAAAGAAAAAUCAAAAGUUUUAAUGACCAAACCACCAUUAACUUGAGUAAUUAUUAUUCCUUGGGUUUUAACAUUAGUUGUUAAAUAUGCAAUUGGUCCACAUUUAGUGUUGUGUUGAUAAUGGACUGAAACACGACAUCACCUUUUAGAACAUCCUGGUUUAAAUUUGAUAAAUAAAGGUUUAUUUGGUUUAGUCGAAAUUGAUGUGAUAGAGAUAACAUGUAACUGUUUUUUAAUGGAAAAUAGAAGGACGACAUCAAAUAUUUUGCUGUAACCAAGUGUAUUGGUUAAUAGUUUAAUUUUCUUACAAUCAACCUUUGAGAUUCAUGUUUAUAAGGUGAAGUGUUCUUUCAGCCCGUUAGGAAGGGUGGUUUAAUGGGGAGUAUGUUAAUGAACUAGCUCUAAGAAAUGGUGCCUUGAUAAUAUAUAUAUAUAAAUAUAUAUAUAUAUCCGGCGUUGGUAACUAUAGCAAGUUGUCAUAAUUACCAUGAAUCAAUCAUUUUGUACAUAAACAUUCAUCACAAGGCAUAACGACCACCAUUUACCAUCAUUGUCCUUAGCCCCUAAGCAAAUUUGAUGUAUAGUAUAUUUAAUGACUAUUUUUCACUAUUUCAACUAUACAACUUGUGUGAUAGAGAGGUGAACUGCAACCAUUGCCAUUCCUACUCUAAAGUUGUGAAUACUUGAUAUUAAAUUGUUUUGCAAUUGCCAAUGAAGAUUUUUUUUUAUCAUCCAGUUAACUACAGGUGGAGUAUAUUAAUGCUGGACAGAAGGGCAGAGGUGUACCAGUACUUGGUACUGGUUUGUCUCUAGGUUUGGUUCUCCAGGUUGGCACAUUGAUAAAAGCCAUUAGUCACCGUGUGUCUGCAGAAGUAGUCAUGGCUUCCAGUUCAAGCCUAGUGACGAAGUGGAAAUACUAGUUAAGCUAGUUACGUUAUACUUGUCUGAUAUUCACAGCGGACAAUAUGGAUCUAUCUCAUGCUGUCAACCCACUAAGGUAUACAAGCUUGUCCACAGUUUGGAAUAACUCCAUAUAAUUAACAGAUCAGUAGCUGUAUUGGAACUAGCUAGCAAUGAUUAACAGUGUAAUGAUUUGAUUCACAAAAACAUUGUAUGUCAAGGCUGAAAGGUUUUGCAUGUUGCUCUCCAGCGCCCAGUUCCCUAAAGAGAUUUUUGCGAUCAACUGUGAUCAAUGUAUGGUCAUUGACAUCAUCUAAGGGACUGACCAUUUCAUAUUCUUUCAGGAGUCUGGGAUUUUGUAUCAAGAUUAUCAUUUUUUUAAUUUGAGCUGCAAAACCAGAUAUAUUUUUUUUAAACUACGAGCCUGAAUUAUUUUUGAAAAGAAAAACGCCUUGCAACAAUGUAAAAAAAUUGCAAGCAAUAUUUUCUGUUUUUCAAAGUUCUGAAGUAUAAUAAUUCUUUUCACGAAUGUUUAGGGACAAUUUUAUUUUUUCAAUAAAAUCCCAGGCACUCCCCAAGAAUAUCAAUUGGUUGGCCCUAAAGCACAUAGAUUGAUUUGUGGAACUGUGCUGCACUUGCACAUCUGGUGCCUGUUCCCCAAUACAUCUUUGUGCUGACUAUUGUGAGACUAUUGUGAAGCCUGGGAGGUCAGACCUGGUUGCCAUUGACUGGAGUUGAUUCAAAACUAUAUUCGUCCUGAUAAAUAACAUGGAUCAGGCACCUUAAAAUGCAGAUGGGUUUAACAAAACAUUGACCUGCAAGCAUUAUAUUCUGUUAUGUGUGCGGUUUAAAUUAUCCUACAAACACUAUGAAUGCAGUUUUCUUAAGAAUGGGCCUGGAUGUGUCCAACCCGAGUCCUAGUAAGGCAAUUUCUUUUAGCCUAUGACAAGAAUGAGUUUCUUGCCUGCUUUUAAGAGGAUACAUAAGAGUUGAAUUGAAGCUGUUUGAAAGUAUUUCUAUAGUAAAGUAUAGACAAAAGUUGAAUAUAUAUGCAGAGCUACAUGCUAUUGAUUAGUGAAAGAUAUCUAUGUAACAAUUAUCAGCAAAUACGUUUCUUAAUUUAGCUUGAACUAUAAAGGCUGCAUAUUGUGAUUUCAAACGAAGACAUAUUUUCAAUUUCCUUUUUUUCACAAUUGUCAGACAUUAAUCAAGUUUUCACUAUCUUUGAUCUUGAAUACUUUUAGAAUUGUCCUCAUUGUAAAUAGUUCGUCAACUCCAUAAUGUUCGGUUAUUCACAUAUGGCAAAUGGUUUGCAGUCAAGGGAAAACGAUGUCAAUUGGAAGCUACUUUUACGUGUCCACCUCAUUGAAAACAUCACUCACUGUCAUCCAGCCCUAUCACAGACCCGUGUUCUAUGCUACACAUCAUAAACAGCUGUGCAGAUGA